AUGUCUUCAGAAUCAUCAAUUUCCAAUUCCCAAACUCCUACUAAUCAAGUGCAGGCUCAUAGAGGAGGUCAUCAUAACAGUCAACGUGGUGGUCAAACUGGUAGACGUCCGUAUCGUAGAAGAGGUCAAGGAAACUACCAUUUCAAUAAUGCAAUCUCAACCCAACAAACCCAAGAAGAUCAAAGUAUAGAAAUAAAAGUUGAAAAUCCUCCUACUUACGAUAACGCUUGUUUUAUUUGUGCUGAACCGAUUAUUUAUUACGCGCUUGCUGAUUGCAACCACCGCACUUGUCACCUCUGCACCUUGAGGUUACGAGCUUUGUACGAAAGUAAAAAUUGUGCUUACUGUAAGACCGAACAAACCAAAGUCAUCUUCACUUACGAUGCUGAAAAAUCUUUUCAGGAAUAUAAGGAUUCUGAUAUUCCUUUUAGGAUUGAAGAUUUAAAUAUAUUUUGUGAAGAUCAAAGAAUAUAUGAAGAUACUUCAAUUAUAUUGGGAUUAAAUUGUCCUGAUGAGAAAUGUGAAACAACGUGUAGAGGAUGGUCAGAACUUAAAAGACAUGUAAAAAAUAUUCACAGGAUGUGGCUCUGCGAUCUUUGUAUUCGAUACAAAAAAGUCUUUACACAUGAACAUGUUCUUUACACUAGACACGAACUUGAAAAACAUAUUGAAAAAGGGGAUAAGUCUGGAUUCAAAGGGCAUCCAGAAUGCGAAUUUUGUAAAACAACAUUUUACGAUGAUGAUGAACUUUACGAACAUUGUCGGGAUAAUCACGAACAGUGCUACAUUUGCUUGAGGAACGGGAUAAGACAUCAAUACUAUCUUGAUUAUAAUUUAUUGGAAACCCAUUUCAAAGAGGAUCACUAUCUUUGUCUUCAACCAAUAUGUUUAGAAAAAAAAUUUGUUGUUUUCGAAAGUGAUAUCGAUUUGAAGGCACAUGAAGUAGAAGAACAUGGGUUAAGAAAGUAUGAUGCAAGAAGAAUUGAAGUGAAUUUUUAUUUUGAUGAUGAUUCUCCAAGGAGAGGUUAUCAGAGAAGACGAGAUGAUGACGACGGAAGAGUUAAUGAAGACGUUGCAAGGCAAUUUCAGCAAAACCUUAAUAUAACGGAAUCAAAUAGUAACGGGAAUGUUAGUAAUACAAGAAUUAUAAGACCUCCACCAGGAUUUGGGAACUUAACACCCGAUGAACCACAAAUCUCUCCCCCAACUUCUCGUUCCCGGGAAACUCGAGAACAAGAUCAAGCCAAAGUUUUUCAUAAGGAAGAAUUUCCCACCUUGAGUGACUCGAUGAAGACAACAGGAAGUAGUAAUGGAUCUACUACCAAUUAUAGUGAAAGAGCAAAAGCUGGUCAUUCAAUGUCACAAAGCCGGCCUAGUAAUGCAAAGCGUGAAACGGUUAAUAAAGGAAAGGCUAAAGUUGUCCUCCCUUCACAACCAUCAAUAGCAGAAACCAGUAGUAAUGCAUCAUUGAAAGGAAAAACUACAAGUUUAAUAAAUCAACAAGAAUUUCCUGCUUUACCUUCUUCCUCUAGUAGUUUUUCUUCCUAUAGUAAUCACGUUUCAAAAGCAAAGAUAAAUACUAGAAACUAUGAAAAUAGUCGACAAGCGGCAUUCUUUCAACGCGUCAGUUCAUAUUUAUCAUAUAAUCAAUCAAAAAUCGAGGAGUAUAAUUCAUUGACCAGUUCAUUUAAUGAUGGAGCUAUAGAUGCAUCGUCAUAUAUUGAAUUUUUAUUUAUGCUAUUUAAUAAGAAUUACGAUACUGUAGGAAAAGUAAUUUCCGGUUUUGCUGAUCUGUUAGAUAAUGAAUAUAAGAAGAGAGACCUGUUAAGAGCUUUACAGGAUCGCAAGGCUACGGCGAGAAAAGAGAGGGAAUUUCCAGCUCUAGAACCUACAAGUUUGUCUACUAGUUCGAAUAACAUUACCAAUCAAUUCGUUUCUAAUAGAGGACCACGUGUUCUUGUGAUAAAAUCUUCAAGCACAAGAUUUGGUGGGACUCGACCCACAAAUUCUCAAGUAUUGGAAAAAGUCGCCGCAGCUGCAGCUCCUCUACUAAUGCAUGGAAAGGGUAAACCAAAAAAAAUUAAAAACACAGAUGAUUUUCCAGAAUUGCCAUCUACAACAUCAAAACAACGAGUGACCAAUAAUGGAAAAAUAAAAAGUGCAUGGGGUAAUGGUGGCGCAUUCACUAUUGCUAAUAAUGAUAAGGAUCAAGAAACUUGUAGUGAUGAAGAAGUGGAUAAUGAUAUGAGCAACUAUUUGGUGAACGAUUAUGUGAGCAAUGAUGAUAUGAGCAAUGAUGUGAGCAAUGAUGAGGGUAAUAAAAGGAAACAAAAGAAAAAGCAAAAAACAGUUUUAUUUCAUGUUGGUUAA